AUUGUGCAGCUUCGUUGCCAAGACUUUCAGUGUCCAGUGCCUUAGUGGGUACCAGUAAGGCACCUACAGGCUACUACCCUAAGGUAUCUUCGCGCUUAGUCAUCCAGUGCAUCUCGUCCGUUCUGCUAUGGAUUGUUCCUCUGCAAGACCGCACUGAAAUUUUGACCGCGACUCAAUCGUGGGCCCCUUUGCAUCGCGCCUUAUACCAUCUACCACCCGAAUUUCUUCUACAAUAGCAACAAUCAUGACGGACGGUAUCGACAGAAAAGCAGAUGAACGCAUGGAGUUCUCGACCUCGAAGGAGGUCACUGUUGCGCCCACCUUCGAGGCUAUGCACCUAAAAGAGAACCUACUUCGUGGUAUUUACGCAUAUGGCUAUGAAUCGCCCUCGGCUGUUCAAUCUCGCGCUAUUGUCCAAGUUUGCAAAGGUCGCGACACCAUCGCUCAAGCACAGUCUGGUACCGGUAAAACUGCUACGUUUUCCAUCAGUAUCCUCCAAGUCAUUGAUACCGCUGUGAGAGAAACACAGGCCCUUGUUCUCUCCCCUACCCGCGAGUUGGCAACUCAGAUUCAGUCCGUUGUCAUGGCACUUGGAGAUUACAUGAAUGUCCAGUGCCACGCAUGUAUUGGAGGUACAAACGUCGGCGAGGAUAUCCGCAAACUUGACUACGGUCAGCAUGUUGUUUCUGGGACCCCCGGUCGUGUCGCCGAUAUGAUCCGCCGUCGAAACCUGCGCACUCGCCAGAUCAAAAUGCUGGUGCUCGAUGAGGCCGACGAGCUCCUAAAUCGCGGAUUCCGUGAACAAAUAUACGACGUAUACCGAUACCUACCUCCUGCCACGCAAGUCGUUGUCGUGUCUGCUACCCUUCCAUACGAUGUUCUCGAUAUGACGACAAAAUUCAUGACGGAUCCUGUCCGAAUCCUGGUCAAGCGUGAUGAAUUGACACUAGAGGGGUUGAAGCAGUAUUUCAUUGCAAUCGAAAAAGAAGAGUGGAAAUUCGACACUCUAUGCGACCUUUAUGACACGCUAACUAUUACACAAGCUGUCAUUUUCUGCAAUACUCGCAGAAAGGUUGACUGGUUGACCGACAAGAUGCGCGCGGCAAAUUUCACGGUUUCUUCGAUGCACGGCGAUAUGCCUCAGAAAGAGCGAGAUAGUAUCAUGCAGGACUUUCGCCAGGGAAACUCUCGCGUCUUGAUCUCCACGGAUGUCUGGGCUAGAGGGAUUGACGUCCAACAAGUAUCCCUUGUAAUCAAUUACGAUCUGCCAAGCAACCGUGAGAAUUACAUUCACAGGAUUGGCCGCAGUGGCAGAUUUGGCCGCAAGGGCGUUGCGAUCAACUUCGUCACCAGCGAAGACGUCAGGAUACUUCGAGACAUUGAACUAUACUACUCCACUCAGAUCGAUGAAAUGCCUAUGAACGUGGCUGAUCUCCUCACUUGAGUCCGCAUGUAGGCACUGUCGGUGUUGCGGCUUUCGUCACAACUAUUGUCAUGCGUGUAUGCAGGCAGGAAAGAAGGUUGUCAAAGGAUAAAUAGUCUAA